AUGGAAAUGAAAGCGGACCGAUCAAACCGUGAGUGGAAUGUUAUGGUACAACAAUCACUACCCCCAGAAGAUGAGCCUACGGUUUAUGAAACUCCCAAAAUUGCUGUGGAAAAGGAUUCAGAACAUUUAUCUGCCGAGUCCAAGCGCAAAGAGGUCCGAAGCGAAAUGCUCGAUCAUAUAUCUGCAUCACGAGAGGUUCUAGGUCUUGUUCCUGCAUACAGCUUCUGGUACCUGGCACAGAACCCCCACGUUCAGCAAUCAAUUCGAGACGAACUCAAAGAGGCAAAUAUCGAUAUGAUUAGCAGUCCGACACCCUUUGACCCUCAAGUUAUCUCCGAAAUGGGACAGGGUUGA